AUGAGUCGGAAGGUGGGCGCGCAGAUUAAACGGUUCUUCCAGGAGAACGCCACGACACCCGAGAACAGGACCAGCGAGGAGAAAUGGUCAUCAAGCGAGGGCGGCAGCGUGUUAAGCUGGCUGGCGCAACGAUCUCUCCAGCAGCCAUCGCGAGGAGCGAUUGACUACCUCAGCAAGGCCCGCUCGUCCGAAAAUCCACCGGCCGUGGCCCAGAGCUUCGUGCCGAAGCCGCGCUCUCAGCAGCAGCCGCAGCAGCAGCAACAACAACAACAGCAACAGCAACAGCAACAGCCGCAGCAGCAACAACAACAACCGUCCAUGGGGUCCACCGCGAAGGCCUCGCGUGUGUUGCCCGCAGCGGCGCUGGGAGGCCAAGUUGUCCAGCAGGUGAGGGUGGGCGAUACAAUCAUCGUUCCUGGCGAAACCUUCUCGGCAGGGGGCCAACGAGAUCAACCGCAACUGCGCGUGGCGACAAGCGAAAGGAGUUACCGGGGGCGAGGUCGUCGCGAGACGAAGGAAGAGCGCCUCAAGCGGCGCUUUGAAAAGAUGGCGGAAGAGGCGCAAAAGCGGCACGAGGAGGCACUUCGUGCGGAUCCGGAGUAUCAGAAAAAGUACCAAACCUAUCAAGAGCUCCAGGCGGCUCAGCACGAGGCGCAUACGGGUUUUCUUGAGCGCUAUGCCCAUCAGGAGCACCUGAAUCUUAACAAUGCGGUCAUUGAACGUCUUGACAUCCCGGUGAUUCUUGAGCUUAUUGAGCAGCACGAUGUCACCUUCAUUUGCACGGAUACGGGCAGCGGCAAGAGCACAUUGGUCCCUAAAGCGCUUCUGGAGCUGUCCCAACACACGCGGGUUGUUACCACCCAGCCGCGCCGCACAGCCACCAUUUCCAUUGCGUCAAGAGUUGCCACACUGCGACGCGAAAACGUGGGUGAGGAUGUUGGAUAUUGGAUCCGUGGCGACAAGCGAGGCGAUGAUCAGACACGACUGUGGUACAUGACAAGCUACACGCUCCUGCUGCACUUGCUAAAUAAUCCUCUGAACCCCCCCUUUACGCACAUUGUUCUCGACGAGUUUCACGAGCGGCAGCCGGACAUUGAGGUGACCGUGGCCCUGCUGCGCCUUUGCCUUUUGAAACAAACCUCAAACUUUAAACUCAUCCUCAUGAGCGCUACGCUUAAUACCGCGGACUGGGAGGAGUACUUCACAGGGCUCAAGGUGGCAACAUACAAGCAAAGCGAGCCUGAGCAUCCAAUUCAUGAUUACUUCAUGGAGGACGUCUGCGCGUUGACAGGAAUGCGGUAUAGUGGGCCAUUGGAUAUCCUGAAACGUAACGUGGGCUUCGCACUGCUAGAAGAGCACAUGACCAUUGCGCAAAACCUUAUCAUCUAUCUUAACCUCUAUGCGGACCCGCAACACGCCGUAUUGGUCUUCUUACCGGGCUACGCGCAGGUGGAGCAGUUCCAGCUGUGGCUCGAGAGAAAUAUGCCUAAGCCAGUCGAUGUUGUGCCAUGGCAUAGCUCGGUGGAGCUUUCCGUCAUUGAAGGCGCUAUACGCCGUCGGGACUUGUAUCGUCAGAAGAUUUACCUGGCGACAGAUAUUGCGGAGGUUUCCAUCACGCUGCCAGAUGUUGUCUUUGUGAUUGACUUGGUGCUGGUGAAGCGUCCGAAGAUUAACCGGGAGGAUCCCGCCACCGUGCUGCACCCUCCACUGACGAUGCAGUGGAUUUCAAAGGGAAGUGUGGCACAGCGACGCGGUCGCAUUGGUCGUGUGCAGCAGGGCUUCUACUUUUGUCUGCUUCCCUCCUCUGCCGUUGCGUCUCUUCCCGAUCACGCCAACCCACCCAUUGAAAACACCCGUAUUGACGAACUCUCUCUGCACUGCCUGCAGCUUGUGUCGAACCCAGUGGCGAUAUUUAGCAUAUGCCACGGCCAACCGCUUUUGGAGACUAUCACGGUCUCCAUGGAUACCUUGUCUCAUCUGGGAUGUAUUAUUAACAAGAAGGAUCCUCUGGCAGGGGGCGAGCGCAUUUCCGAAAUUCAUUCCAACAGCCAGUGGAGCCCGUUGGUGCUCGAGGCGGCGAGGGAUGUCGUUCUCGCAGAAGUCGAUCAAUACGAUUGCACAUUUAUUGGUCGAAUCCUGCAGCUCAUCCCAGUCUCCCCGCAGGCUGGAAUGCUUGUCUUUUACGGUAUUUUGACAGGACUUGAGUCACUCAUGAUACUGGCAGCGGCGGUCACAAGCAGUCAUUCACCGUUUGCUCCAAACCCACAUGAGCAGCAGCGGCGAAAACGUGACAGGCUUCCGCAAGCCAUGGAAGAGACGGAAAACGUCAUGCGUGACAUGUGUUGUGGCCUACGCAGCGAUGUUGUGGCGGUCAUGAAGGCCGUUCUUAACUUCCGCGUGUGCGUCAGCGAGAGCGGCGACGAUGCCGCACGCGUGCGUCAAUGGUGCCUUGACCACCACCUCAGCCAGGAAAAGCUGAGGAGCAUUCUGGACCUCGAGCAGCACAUCAAGUAUGAGCUGGCCAACUUUAUUCCCUUUCGCGACGUUGUGGACCCGCAGGAGCUUGUUGUGCAGCUUGAGAAGAUUGCGCCGAUUGUUCUUGUCAUGUCGAACGUAGCCUUUGCCUCUCAGUCGCUGGAGGUGACAACGGAGGGCAACACCUACACGAACUCCGUGGAGACUGCGGUGGGUGUCUUCACCGACACCACCGCCGUGCCGGACAUUCGCUCGCCGAGCUGCCUGCGCUGGCAGGAAGGCGACAUUGUCGUUCCAGUGCAGCUCUCUUGUCUCGGCAACCGCAUGCUCGCCAGCUUCGCGACUGCCAUUGCAUCGCACAAGCAGUUUUGGCUAUCGCUGCUCUUGCUGACCCACCGGGUCCACUACGCAGCAUUCGCUGACGACGAUGGCGCCUUUUACGUCUUCUCCGUGAAGUACCACAGCAUGACGCGGUACGUGGAGACGGACGCGCAGACGGGGUAUGCGGUGCUUCACUUUCGGCGGCUCCUCAGUCUGGCGUGCCAGACGCUGCGACUUCAACAUGAGCAUCAGGAGAUGUACGACGACGAGUUCACCGCACUGCUGCAUCGCUACGGGCUGAAGCCUCUGUUGGAAGCACAGCGGGACGUCAUCACAACCAUGGCGGCCUUCCUAAAUAACACGGAGCACAUUACCGUGGACGAGGUGGAACACGACGAGGAGGACCUUGACGAGGUUUCCAUGAUAACUCUGGCGCUCCCGCAGCCGAAGGAGGACUGA